AUGCCGGACUCCUUUUUUACAAAAGCCGCCUCUCCUCCUGGUAUCUCUCCCACCCCUUCAACAAGUAGUAAUAGAAGCGGCAAUAACAGGCCAAAUGUCGACAAGAACAACUUCAAGCCUAAUAUCCCAUCCUUUCAGCCAACACAACCAAUCUCCCCACCGUCUGUAAAUUCAUCUCAUGUCAACAAGUCGAGUAACGAUGACUCUGCCUUUGAGCCAAAACCGUACCCUAAACCUCUAGAGACCGUUUAUACCCCACAUCCGAAUGUCACUAUUGAACCUGUCAGAACAGGGCAUGUCCCAUCAUUAAUGCGCAUUACGGGUCUGUUGCUGCCAGUCCGCUAUCCGAACUCAUUUUACACUGCGACCAUCACAGAUCCCGUCGUCUCCUCUCUCUCUCGCGUGGCCAUCUACCACGACCACCCAGCCACGGACGUGGCAGCAAUCACGUUUUCCACGACUGCCAAGGCAUCGCCACUACCAACCUCAGAUAAAGUUAUUGGAGGAAUACGGUGUCGGUUAGAACCACAGCCUGUGACUGCUGAUCCUUCUCCUACGGACCCCGAAGCGCAGUCUACGAAUUUAUAUAUACAAACCCUGCAUCUCCUUUCUCCCUAUCGUGGGAGAGGGAUAGCUGCAUCUCUUCUGGAGUCGUUAAUAUAUGACCCUUCCGUCGCUCCUGGAAUGUCGCCGCGAUCGGUAUCCCCCAUUGUUAGGCAUUAUAAUAUCCGGACUGUCACGGCGCAUGUCCACGAGACAAACGAGGAAGCGUUGGUCUGGUACGUCGCACGAGGUUUCGCAAUUCAAGAAGGCGUCGUUGAGGGGUAUUACAGACGUCUGAAACCGGGCGGGGCGAAGAUCGUCAAGCUCGACUUGGCAUGGGACGAGGAAGGGGCAACUAGUAAACGAGACCCGGUUGACGGCUCUGAAAGAAUCAACGAAGGUGACGAUGAUUGGGAGAAGGUUAAGUUGGAUGAAGAGGACAGCGCCACGACCGUCAGAGCCUUUUGA